UAUGUUUGGAAAGCAUUCGGCAUUAUUGAUUGUGAUACAGUUGCUAAAGUGCAUUCAUGGUCUGCGCGUGAAUUUGACCACGUUUGGCAACUGUCAGGAUGUGAGCUUGAACUACGACAAGGUUCCUAUAGCAUUGACAAAGGUGUCAUACGACCGGGACGCUGAUGGCGUUUGCAACACGUUGCAUGCUGAGUACGAAGUCAGAAAGACCACGGAAGAUAUCGCAUGGGAAUUGAUAUUAACUAGUUACAAGUGUCCCCUGGGCAGUACGGCGAUAUGCCUCGAUAAUCCGAAGGAGUACAUCGAACCUAUGCACUGCGAACGGUUCCAUUCCGACGACAGUGGUCCAUGGUUCAUGUUGGCCAGUGCCAUGACCAACGGCGACAAAUGUGGAAGGCAUGAGGGCGUUUUCAACUUGGAUGCGGCUGUCAUGAAAAUAAAGUACCUCCACAGCUACACCGACCUGGGCAAAGGUACUUACCGAGUGCGCAUGCUCUUCCAUAUUCCUGGUACUGAUUUGGCGGAGAGAAACGUGAAGGGAUGCUGCGAAUUGGAUUUUGACGUCAUCGAUGAAUGAUUUGUCGGAAUUUGUCACCCCUCGUGACUGGCAUGACACUUGGCGAUCGUUCAAAUGGACUCCGUAGUAGAUCAGUAUUGCAGUUACACCCUUAGUUAGUUAAUAUUAGUUUAUGCAAUAAAGUGAAAGUAUCCUACAGCAGCGACG